CUGAUCCUUUAGUCAUGGCUGUUGAUACCUCCCUCCCCCUCUUCUCGCACGCAUGCGCAUGCUGGCUGACGCCCACUUCGACAUUUCGCGUCUACUCUUGCGGUGCUGACAUUGCAGCUGGCGGUGUGGCCCCUCGGCCGAGGCACCUCGAGACGGAUAUAAGGUGACGGAGACGGAUGCGGAUGCUUACUUCCUACACGGAAAAGUGAAGGUGGAUCGUGGAAAAGGCAUCAUCUGCCCCUCCUCUUCAAAUACGAUACCCCCGCCAUCCCCUCCGCAUGCUUCGCACAUGGGGGGCUCCGAGAACUACCUGCCUGCGUCGUCAGGAGGGCGCCGGACUUCGGACGCAUCGAUAGAAUUUACGGAUCCCGGGAUAGCAGCUAAAGAGGUGGACAUUACGUCUUCGAAAGACGACGAUAUAUCUAUAGCACCGUCGCACGCUAGCACUGUCUCCGAGCACGAGCACGAUGAAGAGAAGCACGUCAGUCCAAGACAUGAGCCGCUGGCAACGCUAUCUCAAACUACGUCGGUCACGCCAGAUGCCGUCGUCGUGGAACGCAGGCAUCGAAGAGGCCUAUUUGCCUCCUUAACCCUCAUCCCGGAGGUGGAGAACCCGUACCAUUAUGCGCGCAAAACGAAAUGGUUCAUCACGACUAUCAUCGCCUUCUGCGCCAUGGCCGCCCCCAUGGGCUCGGCCAUCGUCAUGCCGGCGCUCCAGGACAUAGGGAAACAGUUUGACGCCUCGCCAACGGUGGCUAACAUGAGCGUCGCAGUGUACAUGCUCGCCAUGGCCAUCUUCCCGCUGUGGUGGUCGUCGUUUUCGGAGACAACAGGACGGAGGACUAUCUACAUCGUGUCCUUCGUGCUGUUUACGGUGUUCGCUAUCCUUUCGGCUAUCGCUACGAACAUCUCCAUGUUGGUCGUCAUGCGAACGUUUUCAGGAGGAGCUGCUGCUUCAGUCCAGGCCGUUGGUGCGGGGACGAUCGCGGACUGUUGGGAGCCGAAAGAGCGUGGGCGAGCUAUGGGCAUCUUCUACCUAGGGCCCCUUUGCGGGCCUUUGUUCGCGCCCAUCAUCGGCGGAGUACUUGCGCAGACGCUCGGAUGGCGUAGCACGCAGUGGUUCUUGGUGAUCUACGGCGCCGCUACCGUCCUCAUGAUCCUCUUCGCGUUGCCAGAAACUCUUCGCUCGAAGAGCAUCACUCCCACGCCAGCCCAGCACCCACAAGCGCUCACCUCCGAGAAAUCAGCUACCCCUCGUCCCGACCUCUCCCGCACUACGACCCGCCAAUCCGUCAAAGACAAAUCAAAAUCCACCCUCAAAACCAUCCGCCGCAUCUUCAUCGACCCGCUCGUCGUCCUCACCUGGCUGCGCUACCCACCCGUCGCCCUCACAGUCUACUACGCCAGCAUAACCUUCGGCUGUCUGUACAUCCUCAACAUAAGCAUCCAGGCCUCCUUCUCCGCGCCGCCCUACCAGUUCGCCACCAUCAUAGUCGGUCUGCUGUAUAUCCCAAACUCCCUCGGCUACCUCCUCGCCUCCGUCUUCGGCGGACGCUGGAUCGACAAGAUCAUGCACCGUGAAGCGCGCAAAGCGGGCCGGUACGACGAGCAUGGCAAACUCAUGCUCCGGCCCGAAGACCGCAUGAAAGAAAACGCGUGGAUCGCUGCCGUGCUCUGGCCCGGUGCGCUCAUCUGGUACGGUUGGACGGUCGAAAAAGGUGUAAUCUGGAUCGUGCCCAUGAUCGCCAAUUUCUUCUUCGGCAUCGGCUCCAUGCUCAUCUUCGGCCUGGCGUCCACCAUGCUGACCGAGUUUAUGCCCAAGCGCGCAUCCGCCGGCAUCGCGAUCAACAAUUUUCUGCGCAAUAUAUGUAGUUUCACAGGCGCGGUUGUGGCCGAGGCGAUUAUUAGGGCGAUUGGGAAUGGCUGGAUUAUGACGAUUUUAGGGCUUUGGAGUCUAAUUAGCGGACUGCUAGUUAUUUGGGCGAUGGGGCGGUGGGGGCCCGUGUGGAGGGUGAAGAUGGUGGCCGCGCUGGGGUAAGCAUGCUGGAUUCGGAUUACACGCACGGCGUUGACCGUAGAGGGUAAACGGGACCACGUGAAGAAAGAUACAAUUAGCGGCAUGGAACAGUAGCGCGAUUUGAAACAGUAGCUUGAGAUUCCUUAAGAAAACAGGCUUAUUUGAUA